CGGCACUCUCACCAUUGCCUCUUUUGCUUUCUUCUCUUUCUUCUCAAUAUUUUCCUCUGUGGAGAACCCAUCCCCCUCCUUUAGGGUUUAGCAGUUAAAAAGAGAAAAGCAAAAGUAUGGCGACCGCCACUGUCCCCGCCGCCGCAAGGCAGCUUUCUCCUAAGGAAGCCGACAUCCAAAUGAUGUUGGCCGCCGAAGUCCAUCUCGGUACCAAAAACUGUGACUUCCAAAUGGAGCGUUACGUCUUCAAGCGUCGCAAUGACGGAAUCUAUAUCAUCAACCUUGGCAAGACCUGGGAGAAACUUCAACUUGCUGCUCGUGUUAUUGUUGCCAUCGAGAACCCUCAGGACAUCAUUGUCCAAUCUGCAAGGCCCUAUGGUCAGAGAGCUGUACUGAAGUUUGCACAAUACACUGGUUGUCAUGCAAUUGCUGGAAGGCACACUCCUGGUACCUUCACUAACCAGCUCCAGACAUCGUUCAGUGAGCCUCGUCUUCUUAUCCUCACAGAUCCCAGGACUGACCACCAGCCCAUCAAGGAAGCAGCUCUUGGAAACAUUCCAACCAUUGCUUUUUGUGAUACUGACUCACCAAUGCGAUAUGUUGACAUUGGUAUCCCUGCCAAUAACAAGGGAAAGCACAGCAUUGGUUGCCUUUUCUGGCUGUUAGCUAGGAUGGUUCUUCAGAUGCGUGGAACAAUUGCUCCUGGACAGAAAUGGGAUGUCAUGGUUGAUCUAUUCUUCUACAGGGAGCCUGAGGAAGCUAAACAGCAAGAAGAGGAGGAAGCAAUCGCUGCUCCUGAUUAUGGACUCCCUGCUGCUGAUUAUGGAAUGGUUUCUUUAGCAACUGACCAAUGGCCCGCACAAAUAGGUGAUCAAUGGUCUGCUGAUAUGGUUCAGCCACCUAUCUCUGGUGUCCCUGCUGGUAAUUGGGGUGAUCAAGUUGCAGUUGCUGUUACUUCCGAUGUGUGGGAUGCUGCAGCUGCCCCAGCACAAAUCCCUGGUGCUCCUGUCGAUGUGUCGGCCCCUGCUGCUACUGGCUGGGAAUGAGAGGGAUUUAUUAUGAUUUUGACAAAAAAUGUUUUGGUUUGCUUUUGAAAUAUGAGCUAUGUCGAACAAUGGAAUUGUGUGUUCUGGCACGACUUAGUUGAAUAGUUUUUUUUAUAGACAUUAUUUAGGGAUUUUUGUUAUUUUUGUUUUGGAAUCAAAAGUGAUGAAUUUAUUGUUA